UCACUAUAGAGACAUUUCUGAAGAUUAUUGCCUACGGCCUGGUCAUGCACCAAAACUCCUACGUCAGAAACGGCUGGAACAUGCUGGACUUUGUCAUCGUCAUAGUGGGGUUGUUCAGUGUGGUUCUAGAGAUGAUAACCAAAGACGCUGACUCGGGCGGCCAGUCUGGAGGAAAACCCGGGGGCUUUGAUGUCAAGGCCCUCCGAGCCUUUCGCGUGCUACGACCCCUCCGCCUUGUCUCUGGAGUUCCUAGUUUACAGGUCGUUUUAAACUCCAUUAUUAAAGCCAUGGUUCCCCUGCUCCACAUCGCUCUGCUGGUCCUCUUUGUCAUUAUCAUCUAUGCCAUCAUUGGCCUGGAGCUCUUCAUUGGCAAAAUGCACGCCACAUGCUACAUAAGACAAACAGGUGUCCUCGCGGAAGAGGAGGCCACGCCAUGUGCGGUGUCUGGUCAUGGCCGCCACUGUUUGCUCAAUGGUACAUUUUGCAGAGAGGGCUGGCAAGGACCCAACAACGGCAUCACAAACUUCGACAACUUUUUGUUCGCCAUGCUCACUGUGUUCCAGUGCAUCACCAUGGAGGGCUGGACCGACGUUCUCUACUGGAUGAAUGACGCAAUGGGCUUCGAGCUGCCGUGGGUCUACUUUGUCAGUCUGGUCAUCUUUGGAUCCUUCUUUGUUCUCAAUUUGGUUUUGGGAGUGUUGAGUGGAGAGUUUUCCAAAGAGCGAGAGAAGGCCAAGGCUCGGGGAGAUUUCCAGAAGCUACGAGAGAAGCAGCAGUUAGAGGAAGACCUGAAAGGAUACCUGGACUGGAUCACGCAGGCAGAGGACAUCGACCCCGAGAACGAUGAGGAGGGAGACGAGGAGGGCAAGCGUAACCCGAGCAUGCCCAGUGAGACAGAGUCGGCGAACACGGAGAAUCACAACGGAGAGGAUAAAAAAUCCCCCUGCUGUGGGCCGCUGUGUCGUCAGUGGAGGCGGUGGAACCGUUUCUGCCGCAGAAAGAGUCGAACAGCCGUGAAAUCUGUGACGUUUUAUUGGCUGGUGAUCCUCUUGGUGUUCCUCAACACUCUCACCAUUGCCUCUGAGCACUACAACCAGCCAGACUGGCUGACGGAAGUACAGGAUGUAGCCAACAAAGUUCUCCUGGCGAUGUUCACGUUGGAGAUGCUGGUGAAGAUGUACAGUUUGGGCCUGCAGGCAUACUUUGUGUCCCUAUUUAACCGCUUUGACUGUUUCGUGGUGUGCGGAGGCAUCGUAGAGACCAUCCUGGUGGAGCUGGCCGUCAUGUCUCCGCUGGGCAUCUCUGUAUUCCGUUGCGUACGACUUCUAAGGAUCUUUAAAGUCACACGUCAUUGGGCGUCUCUCAGUAACCUGGUGGCGUCUCUGCUAAACUCCAUGAAGUCCAUCGCCUCCCUGUUGCUGCUGCUCUUUCUCUUCAUCAUUAUUUUCUCCCUGCUCGGCAUGCAGCUAUUUGGGGGAAGGUUCAAUUUUGACGAGACUGUGACCAAAAGGAGCACGUUUGAUAACUUCCCCCAGGCCCUGCUCACUGUGUUCCAGAUCUUGACAGGAGAAGACUGGAAUACAGUGAUGUAUGACGGCAUCAUGGCGUACGGUGGUCACGCCUCUUCUGGAAUGGUGGUCUGCAUUUACUUCAUCAUUCUCUUCAUCUGCGGAAACUACAUCCUGCUGAACGUUUUCUUGGCUAUCGCUGUUGACAACCUGGCAGACGCAGAGAGCCUCAAUACAGCACAGAAGGAGGAAGAGGAGGCCAAGAAGAGGAAGAAUAGCAUCAAAGAAGCAAGCAUAGACAAGAAGAGAGUUGCUAUAAUAGACAUCAAGGAUGGAGAUACCAAGGUGCCAGCAGAGGCGUUGCUGGAGGAGGACAAGGAGACGUAUCCUGCCAUCAACACUCCAGGUGGCGAUGAAGAAGAUAAUGAAAACCUUCCAGAAGUCCCGUUGGGGCCCCGCCCCCUGAGGCUGUCUGAACUCACCAUCAAAGAAAAGACUCUGCCCAUCCCAACGGGAAGCGCUUUCUUCAUCUUCAGCAGCACUAACCCGUUUCGGGUUUUCUGCCAUAAACUGAUCAACCAUCACAUCUUCACCAAUCUCAUCCUGGUCUUCAUCAUGCUCAGCUCCGUCUCUCUGGCUGCUGAGGACCCCAUUCGCAACUGCUCUGCUCGCAAUAUCAUACUUGGUUAUUUUGACUAUGCUUUCACCGCAAUCUUUACUGUUGAGAUCCUGUUGAAGAUCCUAGGCUAUGCAGACUAUGUCUUCACUAGUAUGUUUACAUUUGAGAUCCUUAUUAAGAUGACAGCGUUCGGAGCUUUUCUUCACAAAGGGGCGUUCUGUAGAAACUACUUCAACCUUUUAGACCUGCUGGUCGUUGGCGUGUCUCUGGUAUCCUUCGGCAUUCAGUCCUCUGCUAUCUCAGUUGUGAAGAUUCUCCGUGUUUUGAGAGUCCUUCGUCCACUCAGGGCCAUCAACAGAGCCAAGGGACUAAAGCACGUGGUCCAGUGUGUGUUUGUGGCCAUCAGGACCAUCGGCAACAUCAUGAUCGUCACCACGCUGCUGCAAUUCAUGUUCGCCUGUAUCGGAGUGCAGCUCUUUAAGGGUAAAUUUUAUCGUUGCGCCGAUGAUGCAAAGUCCAGCCCAGAAGAAUGCAAAGGCAACUACAUUCUCUACAACAACGGGGACACAGCGCUGCCCAUGGUGAAGGAGAGGAUCUGGUACAACAGCGACUUCAACUUUGAUAAUGUCCUCAUGGCCAUGAUGGCUCUUUUCACCGUCUCCACUUUCGAAGGAUGGCCCACUCUGCUCUACAAGGCCAUCGACUCUCACAAGGAGAACAUGGGUCCGAUCUACAACUACCGCAUCGAGAUCUCCAUCUUUUUCAUCAUCUACAUCAUCAUCAUCGCCUUCUUCAUGAUGAACAUCUUUGUCGGUUUCGUCAUUGUUACCUUUCAGGAGCAAGGGGAGAAGGAGUACAAGAACUGUGAGCUCGAUAAGAACCAGCGUCAGUGCGUGGAAUAUGCUCUUAAAGCUCGUCCUCUGCGCCGCUACAUACCCAAAAACCCUUACCAGUACAAGUUCUGGUAUGUGGUCAACUCUACUGGCUUUGAGUACGUCAUGUUUGUCCUAAUCAUCCUCAACACCUUGUGUCUGGCCAUUCAGCACCAUGGUCAGUCUCAUCUGUUUAACUAUGCCAUGGACAUCCUCAACAUGGUCUUCACAGGGGUUUUCACUGUGGAGAUGAUCCUCAAACUCAUCGCCUUUAAACCCAGAGGCUAUGUUGGGGACGCCUGGAACGUCUUUGAUGCUCUGGUCGUGAUUGGAAGUGUAGUCGACAUCAUACUGAGCCAGUCGACAGCCAUUCCAGUCGUCAAGGUGAUAGUGGAGCCCGGGAACACAGAGGACAGCGCUCGUAUCUCCAUCACCUUCUUCCGCCUGUUCAGAGUGAUGCGAUUGGUCAAACUUCUGAGCAGGGGGGAGGGCAUCAGGACUCUGCUGUGGACCUUCAUCAAGUCCUUCCAGGCUCUCCCCUAUGUUGCACUCCUGAUAGCCAUGCUGUUCUUCAUCUAUGCUGUAAUUGGGAUGCAGGUGUUUGGAAAAAUAGCCAUGGUGGAUGGGACACAAAUCAACCGCAACAACAACUUUCAAACUUUUCCUCAAGCUGUCCUGAUGCUCUUCAGGUGUGCCACAGGAGAGGCCUGGCAGGAGAUCAUGCUGGCCUGUCUGCCGGGGAAACUGUGUGAUCCAGAGUCGGAAUACAACCCCGGAGAGGAGAGAACCUGCGGCAGCGGCUUCGCCAUCAUCUACUUCAUCAGCUUCUACAUGCUCUGUGCUUUCCUGAUCAUCAACCUGUUUGUUGCUGUCAUCAUGGAUAACUUUGACUAUCUGACCCGCGAUUGGUCCAUUCUGGGACCGCAUCACCUGGAUGAGUUCAAAAGGAUCUGGUCUGAAUACGACCCUGAAGCAAAGGGCAGGAUUAAGCACCUUGACGUGGUGACUCUGCUCAGGAGGAUCCAGCCUCCGCUGGGCUUUGGCAAGCUCUGUCCUCACAGAGUGGCCUGUAAGCGUCUGGUGGCGAUGAACAUGCCCCUCAACAGUGACGGGACGGUCAUGUUUAAUGCCACCUUGUUCGCUCUAGUCCGCACUGCUCUCAAGAUUAAAACCGAAGGUAACCUGGAGCAAGCCAAUGAGGAGCUCAGAGCUGUGAUAAAGAAGAUCUGGAAGAGGACGAGCAUGAAGCUGCUGGACCAAGUGGUGCCCCCUGCAGGCGAUGACGAGGUAACAGUGGGGAAGUUCUAUGCCACAUUCCUGAUACAGGACUACUUCAGGAAGUUCAAGAGGCGCAAAGAGCAAGGCCUUGUAGGAAGGCGCUCGUGGGAAAAGCUGAACACAACCAUGGCUCUUCAGGCCGGCCUGCGCACGCUGCAUGACAUCGGACCAGAGAUCCGUCGAGCCAUAUCAUGUGACCUGCAAGGGGCGGGGCUAGUAGAGGCUGAUGGAGAGGAAGAAGAGGAUAUAUACAGGCGUAACGGAGGCCUUUUUGGUAACCAUGUCAACCACGUGGGUGCAGAUCAGCAAGGCUACUCUCACCCGACCACCGCCACCCAGCGGCCGCUACAGAUCCUGCCCUUUUCCUGCGGGGGCUCCACCGGGCCAACCCAAACGGGCAGGAGGGCCAGCGAGGGCGACGCAGGAGAGGAGACGGAGAUGAACUCUUCACCUAUCCAGUACAACCAUCAUUAUCACUCCCCCCAUCCGUAUAAUAACCCCCACUGUAUUCCCACCUGCCAUCAAUCGCCAAUCCCCUCCAAUGCCAACCUCAACAACGCCAACGUGCCCUCGCUUCUCUCCAUGGCCAAUGGGAGGCAGCAGAAGUGUUUGUUAGGGCGAGACCGUCCAUCCUCUGCCAAAAACCGGUCAUCAGUGUCCACCUACAGCAGAGGAGUACACAACAAGCUUUGGAAGUCACACUCCACAAGGACACGCUACUAUGAGGCCUACAUUAGGUCAGAGAGCAGCAGUGGGCUCUACCCCACCAUUCGCCGAGAGGAGUCAGGGGGCGGAGACAGCGAUGAAGAGCGAGGCUCAGGAGAGUACUUCAGUGGGGAGGAGUUUCAGGAAGACGACAUCAUGGUCACAAAGGACAGAUUGUUCAACAGGGACCAGCGUGAUGCAGAGGCAGACCUUGACCACAUGGUUUCCAGGGGCGACCAACAGCCUGAUGGUUACUUUGACGAUGACCAACAGCCGAUCUACCAAGACGACAGGCGGUCACCCAGGAGAUGGCUCUUACCCUCGCCUCAAGCCUGCACAAGACCAACAUUCAGUUUUGAGUGUCUUCGUAGAAGAAGUAGUCAGGAUGAUGCUCCUCUCUCUCCAUCCUGCACAGCUCUUCCACUGCACCUUGUACAUCAACAGGUGAUGGCGGUGGCCGGUCUCGAUGCCAGCAGAAUUCACCGCCGGUCUCCAACGCGAUCGCUCCGCUCCUGGGUCACGCCUCCUGCCUCGCCCAUCAACAGGGACUGCUCACCCUGCUACACACCUCUCAUACAGGUGGACUGGCGUAGUCACGGCAGCCUGGGUAGCCUCCCCGGAGCGGUGAAGAGGAGUUCGUGGUAUACAGACGGCCAUGACGGUCCUCCCAGCCGCAGUCACUCUCCGUCCCGCCUGCAGCUUCCCGCAGAUUGCUGCUCUCACUUCCUGCAGAAGAGAGGAAGCGCUAUCAGUGUGGUGGAGGCUGUGUUGAUCUCCGAGGGUCUUGGGAAAUAUGCCAAGGACCCCAAGUUUGUGACAGCGACCACAAACGAAAUCGCAGACGCCUGCGAGAUGACCAUCGAUGAGAUGGAGAGCGCCGCCAGUAACCUGCUGAACGGCAGUAUAGAUAGCUGCAGCCCAGGGGCCACGGGCAGCGAGGGCUCGGACUCGCAGGCCGCCUCGCAGCUCAGAGACAGCAGCAUCCGGGACUACAGCGACGAGGAGCCCUGCGUGGCUCUGAAAUGCGAAGAGGACCUAACAGAUGAGAUGAUAUGCAUCACAUCCCUAUAGCAGCGGCUCACAUGGGAUUAUUUAGGUUUUUUCAAUUGAAUUUCUACAACCAAUCCACAGUGAGGGGAUGUCUCAGUUCAGGAGCAUCCUGGGGAAAAUGUAAAAUAUGGGGGGAUAAGAGAACAAAGUGCCUUGUUUUCUCUUUCUGUGGAGUGGAGACGCAGAGAGGAACAGAUGGUUGUAUGGGAGAGCUGAGGUUCAGUCAGCAAAUAUUGAAGCCAGAGAGACUCUAUCUUUUCGCCAGCCUGCCGGUCAUUUAGCAGGAAUUCGGGAUACUCCUUAGAAGGUGUUUUAUUUUGUUAUUUUCUUCAUUAUUAGCGGUGGUUUGAAACAACAGAAUAACCUGCCAGCCUCGCAAAGCCAGCCCAAAGCUCAUAAAAGUUAGUUUUCCCAAAAACAUACUUUGAGAAAGAGCUGCACACUGGAUACUGGAAGUGAAUGUACUUGGUUAUUCAUAUUAUUUUUUUUGCCUCUGUACUACAGUGCAUUGUUUUUCAAAUUAAACAGCAACUUUGAUGGCUUUAAUUUGAGGAAUUUGCAUAUUGAGUGAACAAUAGCAGGAUUGUUCUGAUGCGUAAUCCAAAAGUUGUGGGAACAUGUUUAAAAGAAGAACAGCAUUCCUACAACAUAACACUGUGUCACACUGAUGUUUGAAAGAGUAACGCUGGCUUUGCAAAGCUGCUUUUGUCCUGCUGCAAAAUGUCUUGUCCUGAGUCCUUGUUUUCAGAUGGGUGUUUCAUGUCAUGUAUAUAUAACGUGUGAUUUUAUAAAAAAAUAACCUUUAGUGGUCACGAUAAGAGACCUUGGUUAUUCACAUUACAUUCUGGCCUCCUACGUCUUGAAUUAACACAUAAAAGGUGAUUGAAAGAAAUUAUAUUUUUAUUUUGUUAAUUUAUUUCAGCUAUUGUUAGUGCAGAGCUACACUCAGGCUGAUCUGAGUCCAGAUGUUUCAGGGUUAAGCAUUGCUCGUCUCGGUACUUGACUUGAAAAGGAGAUCACAUAUCACAGAAUAAAGACUUUGUCCUCAGGCAUAUCCACACGUGCACAAUGAUCUGAAACACAGAAACUGUGUGUAUAUAAUACUCUUCGCCCUUUACAGCAACAACAGAGAAUUAAUGUUACCCCAUUUUACUUGCUUAAAUACUUUAAACACCCUUAAAAUAGAGGAAGAUAUGGUAGUUAGUAAACUGUUUCCAUUGUGAUCCUUAAAGGGGCCCUAUUAAGCCUUUUUUAGGGUUUCUCAUUCCCGUAGUGUGUUGUAUAGGUUUGUGUGCAUGUAAAUGGUCUGCAAAGGCUAAAAUCCCAAAGUUCCCUCAUGCUUCUAUUGGCUAGCGCUCCAACACAUUGUACGUGAUAGGCUAAUGGGCGGGACGUCCAUAAGCGUCUGAACAAUCACAACAGAGCCGGCAAGCUAACCAAUCAGAGCAGACUGGGCUCUGGUUUCAGACAGAGGGUGAAAAGACCGGGGAGGCAGUAUGAAAACAAAGCACUUUUUGAACAUUAUAGAAUGUAAACAUGUCACAUUACAAUAACAUUUAUAAAACCUGAACAUUAGCAUAAUAGGGCCCCUUUAAUCUUUAUCCGAGCCCCUUAAAGACUAUGAGGAGAGACCAUUUCAUUGGUAGAAACUCAGCCAUAAUACGCAAUGAAAAUAGGACAAACAUCAGAUAAUACUGUAGAGGAGGCACAUUAGUCUGGUAUGUGAACAUGCUGAAUUAGGCUUCAAGUAGGAAUCUGUUUCAGAUUACUCAUCGAGACAAGAUAAAACUAAUAAUCCAGAGAUUCAUGCCUGAGUCAUUCAAAUAUUUGCUGACAUGUUAGUUUCACCUACUGAGCAACGAUGAGAAUAAACAAUGAAUUCCUCUUCAGGCAUUUGAGACCAUGAGUCAAUUCACGCACAUAGAUUUCAAGGUUUGACAGAUAUUUUACAUUUGUGACUCACUGACGGUGUACAUUUUGAAUACCAUAACAGAACUCUGCUAAAACAAAUUUAAUUCUUUGUGUGUGUCUUUUGACUGAAAUUAUGUCAGCUCCUGCAAUGUAUUCCUAUUUAUUUUCAACACUUACGUGAGUGCUCAACAAGUCUACAACAGCUGCUGUCUGUGAAGGGAACCUACAUAACCUUCUUGUAGAUUAAAAACAACAUGUAUCUUUGCUACAGCACUAACCAGUCUUUUUUCUACCACUGCCAACCGUAACAAGGUCUUCAGGUGUACUUUUACAAACUACAAUGGUUUGUGGCUGCAGGGCUAUCUACUUUUUUCCUUCAAUCUAAUACUGUUGUCAGGGCAACAUGUGUAAUCUGUUCUACCAAAGGGCUCUUUCAAAUAUAAAACCAAAAGGAUGAGAUUGUUAAGUGCAUUUAAACACACAUGAAUAUUCAAUUAUUAUUCCAGAUUUGUUUCCAUUUAUAUGUUGUCAAAAAGUAUGCGGAUUAUUGUGUACAAUGAUAACAAAAGGGUUCAUGCUUAUACUGGAAAGUUAUUUUCUUUAUAGUCAAUAAACAUACAGGUGAAUUUAACCUGAGCUUUAUAUGAACUGUAAAUGCACUCAUGUCUUGAUUGGCCAUCACUGCAUUUACCAACUGCAUGUAAAUUGUGUUUAACUAAGAAUUAAUGACUCAUACUAAUUGUUAUUACCUCUGUGACUAUCCGGAUGUGUUGGUUAAAAUGUCAGGGAAACUGUCGCAGUGUUUGAUUGACAGGUGAAUAAGAAGCAGUGAAAACUAAACAACCAACAUCAGAAAAAAACGAAACAAGAAUUACAUUUAAAAUCUAUUCAUUUUCCCUAAAUGCAACCAGACUAUGCUGACCUACAAAUACAUGUUUAAAGUAAUUAGGAUCACGUUAAAAGCCAUAUUACUCAAAUGCUUUAGGGAGAAAUCUGUACAUUUGCUGCACCUAGGAAUACUCAUCUGGCUGUUGUGGGAAUCAAACCUGUGAUGGAAUGUCUUAUGGAAAAAACUGAUAUUCGUUACAGAACAAACCAAAACAUUUAGUUAAUUCAGUGUUUGAGACACAGCCAACGACACCAGAAAAUAUAAUCAUCUGCUGCUUAUUCAUCCAUUCAGUUUCAUUUAGACUUAUCAAAAGAAGCAUUGUGACAAAAACCAACACAGAGCAUCGUUGUCCAACUGAAGGCUUUAUUAUUUUCUACUGUUCCACUGCCAUACAAAUGUCCAUGGAAUGACAACAUGUAUACAAUCUGUACAGUGUUUGUAAAAAACAAAGUGAUACACAUUUCUGCUUUCUACCCAUUUGUUGUAUGGAAAUUAAACAAUAUAGCUCUAUCUACUUGUAGCAUAAGUUCUAGUACCUUAUAGAUUUUGUACCAAUGAAAAUCAAACACCCUGUUUUGUACAUUUUAAUUCUUGACGAUGAACCUGCUGAGAUUUUUUGUAAGGAUCACUGAAUAAAGUCAAGAGGAUAAAGUUA